AAAGAGAAUAAAGGAAACCCUAAUCUGGCCGCAAGUCUGUCUGUCUAUGUGGUGAUACCCUUCUUUCCUGUCCUCAACUCCUUAUAUAGUCUCCUAGGUCGGUUGGUUUUGACCUAAUUCGUCCCCUUCGUUAUGGGCCUUUUGGCUUAAAGGCCCAGUCGAGAUGACUGCUCGGCCCGAGCCGCCUGAUCGUUUCCAUCGGCUUCUCGUCCUUCAGCUAUAGAGGUCACGAGCCGAGUCGCGGCUCGUCAGAAGCCGUCCCCGAGCCGGUCAUCCUUUGAAUGGUAGUAAUGGGCCUCCUAUUCGCUGGGCCUUGUGGAUGGUGACAAUCCAUCCCCAACAGUAAGUCUCCCCCUAGUUCGUUGUCGAGCAGCUGGUCGCAGCGAAUUAGUUAGUUAGGGCUCGAAGAAUAGGAGGUUUGAUAGUCGGUUCCUUUGAUUUAACCGAGGAACCGCCGGCGGAAAGAGUUCCGGAUGUUCCCAAACGAACAACCGACCUAUCGUACGCUCGAUGCCUCAGAUGAACUCCUCUAAACCGAUGAAUCGACUGUGCCGGUUUUGAUGUGACAGCGAACCAUCACCGGUUUUCGAUCGAGAAGCCGAAACGUCGCUAGGGUUUUUGUCGGGAAUCCGAAAAGUCACGUCUGAGUGUGACGCGCGAGCCCGCCGACAGGCCCAAUUAGGCCCGCUUAGGGCUAAUGAUGGCACCUCGUGGGAGGUGCCUUCACUCUCUCUAUAAAUAAGAGGUCUCUCUCGAGAUCUCUCUCAUUCUUCUCUCAGUUUAUCAGGUACUUUCUCUCUCUGCUCCUUAUCUCUCUAGCUUUUGCUCUCUGUUUUAGUUCCUCUACUCGAUAUGUCGACGAGCAAACAACUUUCUCGAGAACAAAAGGGAAAGAUGAUUUCGAGCACCACUGGUCCCGAUAGCGAUCUGGAGAGGGUUCGCGGAUCCGGCGAUAGUGUAGAGGAGGCUCAUCGCGAGGCGAUGAUGGAUACCGAGAACAUGACCCGAGAGCAGCGUAUGCUCGUCUCGGUAGCGAUGGUUCAAUCUCGCGCAGACGAUGACGGAGGCGACGGCUCUCCUGACGACGGGAUGACUCCCUACUGCUUCUACCCGGGAAAUAUUUUCGAGGAGCAGCGCCGACUCGAUCCGUCGCGAGCUCGUCCCCCUGUAGUUGAGGGGCAAGACUGGAGGAACGUUUUACCGACGCGAUCCACAUUCGAGUCGGUGACAAAGCUGCUGAAGAGAAGCAAGGCGACCGGGGUUACAUUCAUAAUCCCGUCAAAGACCCAAAGGCCGUGGUCCCCCCCGAAGGGGUAUCAGUGCGUAUACGAGUCGUACUUUGAAAAGGACACGAAACUAUGGUUUCCGAUUCCUCGACUCGUCACCGCCUACACGAUGCGCCGAGGACUCGCUUUGAGCCAAUUCUUGAAUGGUGCUUGGCGUCUAGCAGUUGCGCUGAUGGUGAUUGGGGCGGAAGCUGGCGCUGCUCUCAGCGUCCGAGCAUUUGAGGAGCUGGUCUCGGUGAAGAUUAAUCGGGGCCUGUUAUCACUGAAGAUACGCCCGAACUAUAAUGUGGUAACGGGCUAUCCGACCAAGACGAACGAUUGGCAGCGAUCGUACUUCUAUGUUAAGUCCGAUCGCUCGGCUUUCGAGGAGCCGCUGAAGACCGGUUACCGUGUUCUUUGGAACAAUGAAUUUGGUAUUGAAUGUUCUUUAAUCUUUUACUGUUUCAGACUCCUGACCAUCUCUUUUUCUCUUGUUUUGACAGUUCCUCACUCGAAUACCGCGGAGUACGAGGAAGAUUUCUUGGAGAGUGCUCGGAUUAUCGCGUCCCAGAAACAGGAUUUUUGGGAGAACUUCUCGUACAGGAGGAUUCGUAGGUCGAUUGAUCGGAUCAAGCAGCAGGUUUGGCGUUCGGACACCGUUCCUCUCAUCACCAAGAAGUCGAAGAGAAUCAACUUGUUCACCAAAGCCGAGCAGAUUGAAAUUAACCGAGCCAGAGCUAUGAGGGAAUUGUCGGAUCUAAGUUUGGUGGUUGGGAAACAACUCGGGUUCGUGGAACCGGACCAAAGCUCUAACGCAAACUCCUCUGAUCCCGGGGAGCCGAGAGCGGCUGAGUCGGAUGGGGCUCAGCUCGUGAGAAAGUCGGGGAGCAAGAGGAAGGAGAGGGAAGACGUUUCUUCCGAGGAGAAGCAAGCCGAGGAGACUUCCACCGGUGGGGGCGCCGGAUCGGAGAAGAAGCGGGCGCGCAAGGAUCCCGUUGAGGUUCGGCCUUCCUCUGUGGAGAGAGGGAGCUCCAGGCCUUGGAGCCUAGCAACAAUUCUCGAGACGACGUUCUCCCGGAUCCGUCUCUCGAUGGUGGUCAGGCGGAUGAUCACAAGGGGACUUCUUCUAAGGUGAAGAAGAAGUCGAAAAAGAAUAAUAAGAAGAGUGCCGGCGAAUCCUCGGGGCAUGAGGUA